CUGCUCGUGCUCAUAGCUCAUGAGAACUGGGAGGUUGACCAGAUGGACAUCAAGAAUGCCUAUUUGAAGGGAGAGCUCGAAGAGAAGAUCUACAUGGAGCAGCCACCAGGCUUUGCAAAACCAGGUGAAGGACACAAGGUGUGUCUACUCCGCAAAACCAUCUAUGGCCUCAAGCAGUCAGAACAAUGCUGGUACAAGUGGCUCUGCAACAUUUUUGCAAAGCUGAAGCUCAUGCACUGCUCAGUUGACCAUGGCAUCUUUUGGUGCCAACUCAAAAAUGGCAUCAUCAUAGUCACAGCUUCAGUGGAUGACCUGGCAAUCUUCAUG